AUGGUGACCCCCUGCCCUACUAGCCCUAGAAGCCCCGCCGCCCGCGCGGAGAGGCGAGACAACCACCAGAACCUCCGUGCCCCGGUGAAGAAGAGCAGGCGCCCGCGCCUCCGGAGGAAGCAGCCGCUGCAGCCCCUGAACCCGUGCCCGCUCCCCGGUGACUCCGGCGUUUACGACCUGCUCGAGUCCCCCAGCUCCGGCUCGGACGGCGCAUGCAGCCCCGCGGCGUCUGCGGCGCGGGGCUGCAGCUCCCUGCCUAGCCCUGCCCAGCCGUUGGCGCACCUAGAUCUACAGACCUUUCGCGAUUACGGCCAGAGCUGCUACGCCUUCUAUAAGGCGCAGGAGAGCCACUUCCACCCGCGGGAGCCGCUGGCUCGGCAGCCACAAGUGACGGCGGAAUCCCGCUGUAAGCUGCUCAGCUGGCUGAUCCCCGUGCACCGCCAAUUCGGUCUCUCCUUCGAGUCGCUGUGCCUGACGGUGAACACUCUGGACCGUUUCCUCACCACCACGCCGGUAGCCGCAGACUGUUUCCAGCUGCUCGGGGUCACCUCCCUGCUCAUCGCUUGCAAACAGGUGGAGGUGCACCCGCCGCGCGUGAAGCAGCUCCUGGCCCUGUGCUGUGGCGCCUUCUCCCGGCAGCAGCUGUGCAAUCUCGAGUGCAUCGUGCUGCACAAGCUGCACUUCAGCCUGGGCGCGCCCACCAUCAGCUUCUUCCUGGAGCACUUCACGCACGCUCGCGUGGAGGCGGGACAGGCGGAGGUCUCCGAAGCCCUGGAAGCGCAAGCCCUAGCGCGGGCAGUGGCCGAGCUUAGCCUGGCCGACUACGCCUUCACCAGCUACGCCCCCUCCCUGCUGGCCAUAUGCUGCCUGGCGCUGGCAGACCGCAUGUUGCAGCUCCCGCGCCCGGUGGACCUGCGCCUGGGCGGGCACCACGAGACGGCGCUGCAAGACUGCCUGGGCAAGCUACGGCUGCUGGUGGCCAUAAACAGUACCUCUCUGACUCACAUGCUGCCCUUCCAGAUCUGCGAGAAGUGCAGCCUGUCCCCCACCUCGAAAUAA